AAAAGCGAAGCAAAACAGAACGCCUCUCUGAUUCCUCCACUUUGGUCGCCUAGUACCGACUCUACUCUAUUCCUUUCCCUAUUCUUUCUUGUUUCUUUAGAGAUUUUAUUCCCGCAUUCAGCAGCAUUACUGCUCUCUCCCAGACUAGGGACUGCAGAACCCCCCCGCCUCUCUCUCUCUCACUCAUUGUUUCGUGCCAAAUCCCGAAUCCGUGGGCUACGGUGAUUUCGCGCUAUCCUUCCUCGAUAUCUUCGCCACGUUGGAUCCCCCCUCCUGCCAUCCUUUCUCACCUUUCCUUCCCUUUUCUUGAUUCUUCGACGCCUCUCCGACCGGCUUUGGGGCCUCCGAUACCCUCUGCCGAUCUCGGUUAGGGUUUCCGUCGAUCCAUUUCUUGAUAUUUUGCUUGGAUCUUUUGUCUUGAUCUGGAUCCGAAGGGUGCAAGAAAAAUGCGGUUGUUGAGAUGGGAUUGGUCGCCGAAGGAGCAGAAGUUGAAUGGACUAGGGUUCUGAGUGGACCGCGGAGUCGUCGCCGAUGACCGACGUGCGGCAGCGCCGGGAUCCGGGCAUGAGACCCCCCCUUGUCCCCCUCGCCACCCUCAUCGGCCGCGAGCUCCACGGCGACAAGUCCGAGAAGCCCACCGUCAAGUGCGGCCACCACGCCUUCGCUAAGAGGGGCGAGGACUACUUCCUGGUCAAGCCCGACUGCCUCCGGAUCCCCGGCAACCCCUCCUCUUCCUUUUCGGUCUUCGCGAUCUUUGAUGGGCACAACGGAGUGUCUGCGGCCGUGUUCACAAAAGAGCAUCUUUUGGACAAUGUUACGAGUGCGAUUCCUCCGGGGCUUGGUAGGGAGGAGUGGCUCCAGGCCCUUCCACAGGCUCUGGUUGCCGGUUUCGUGAGGACUGAUAUAGAUUUCCAGCGAAAAGGAGAGACUUCGGGAACCACCGUGACCCUUGUCGUGGUUGAUGGGUGGACGGUGACGGUUGCAUCAGUGGGUGACUCGCGGUGCAUACUGGAUACACAGGGUGGUGUAGUUUCUUUGCUGACCGUCGAUCAUAGGUUGGAAGAGAAUGCCGAGGAGAGGGAACGUGUUACUGCUAGUGGUGGGGAGGUGGGGAGGCUUAAUCUUUCUGGCGGGCAGGAGGUGGGUCCGCUCCGCUGCUGGCCGGGUGGCUUAUGCCUUUCAAGGUCAAUAGGCGACACGGACGUGGGUGAAUUCAUCGUCCCAAUACCACAUGUUAAGCAAGUGAAGCUAUCAAGAGCUGGAGGACGCCUAAUAAUUGCAUCAGAUGGCAUAUGGGAUGCUUUGUCAUCUGAGGUGGCUGCGAAGGCCUGCCGAGGGAUACCUGCAGAACUUGCUGCAAAGCUGGUUGUUAAGGAAGCUUUGAGAAAAAGUGGACUGAAAGAUGAUACAACUUGUGUAGUUGUUGAUAUCGUUCCACCUCCUCCUGAUCAUUUCGUCCUACCACUGUCACCAAAAAAGCAUCAGAAUAAGUUUACAUCUCUUCUUUUCGGGAGAAAGUUACGGAACACUGCUGGUAAACACGCAAACAAACUUUCGUCUGUUGGUGUAGUCGAGGAACUAUUUGAAGAGGGUUCUGCAAUACUGGAAGAAAGGUUGGGUAAAAAUUUCCCGUUGAAGGCAAACUCGGCGCCUUUCCGAUGCGCAAUAUGCCAAAUGGAUCAAACACCAAAUGAGGGUUUAUCUGCCACUGCAGGUUCUUAUUUUUCGCCCACAUCAAAACCACUGGAGGGUCCUUAUCUUUGUGUCGAGUGCAGAAGAAAGAAGGAUGCCAUGGAAGGAAAACGACGAAGCCGGUCGACAGUGUCUAGGUGAAAAGAUUGAUGAACCACCUUCUAAUUCUCAUGCAAGUAUUCGGUUUCUCAGGGUGGCUUGCUUCUACAUGUAAAAAAAGGAAAGUAGAAUAAACUGUUUGAUGCCGUAUGUAAGUUGUCACUUUAUUGUUUGGUAAACUAACUCCAGUGCUAUCUCAGAUUGUGAUAGUUUGAUAACUAACCACUUGGAAAUUUUUAUGGAACAGUAGUUGACAGUGAUAUUUUUCAAGAAA